GUUCAGAUCUGGCAGCGCACGCCCUGAGUAUGGUGGCUGGAGGAGGCUUCACUGGCUACAUCAUCAUUUUUCCUCUGCAAUGCACCUUCUGCCGUAACUCGAGGUGGGCAGCUGGCGUAUCAGGCAGGCGGCUGCAUUCAUUCAGACAUGCUGUGCUGUGCUGUGCUGCUCUUCAUCGCAGAUAAUUGACUGGCUGACGCGGGCCAAGAUCCACUCCCUCUUCGAAGCAUUCAUUCCUCCCCCCAACCGGCUGAGUUGGCCAUCGACUGUCUAUCAUGGCAGAUCCCUCAUCGACAGAGCAGCUUGAGGCCACCGUCCGCCAGCUCACCUCCACGGUCGCCUCGCUAACGCGAGCAGUCGAGGCCCUCAGCGAUGAAAUGCAGCGGGCCAGGGGCGAGUCGAGGACACCGAGCGUGCCAGCUGCGGGUGUGACCCCUGGUUCGUUCACUGAUGUGUCUGGUGGCUUGAGUGGCGGCACGCGACGCUCCACGGCCGACCCCUUCCCUUUCCACGUCGACUUCAUCGCCGGCAGCCUGGCGGUGAGUGACAAGGGGGAGGGAGGACAAUACACACACACACAUACGCUCAGCCUCCGGUUGAUGCCUUGAUUUAUUCAUGCAUGCAUUUCCUGCCAUCCCUAUCGCUGAUCCCGCGCAGCUUCCCCUUUCAUUCGGUAUGUAUGCGAUGGUCGCGACGACCCCCACAAAAACCACACUGUUGUAGUAAAUGCCUCGCUGUUUCUCUUUUUGCGUGUUGCCCCGCCCCACCUCCUUACUUAUCCACGAGUGCAGCUGUGAUGCAUCCGUUGGACACGAUUCGGACCCAGAUGCAGGCCGUGGUCGGCACCUCGUCAGGCAGCUUGGCCAACGGCAUGUCCUCAGUCACUAACGGCAGCGGCGCCACCAACGGCUUCACCACACAACUCACCAGGGCACUGCGGUCAGUCAGUCAGUCAGUCAGGGUGGACAGAUGAGAUGACAAGCCCAAUCCGAUCCUUCUCAUCGAUGUCUGUCUGUCUGUCUGUAUUUCCUUCCCUCCCUGCCUGCGCUGUGUGUGUGCGUGUGUCACAGUGCUGCUGGGGCCAAGGUGCUCUCGAGAGGGUUCUUCGCGAGGUAACCUAACCACCUACCUACCUAUUCAUUCACACAUACAGACAGACAAUUAAGAGGCCGGCCCGACCAGUGUGUGUGGAUGGAUCUGCGAUUGCAAUCAGUGUGCUGGGUGCCGCUCCCCAGGGAGGGCUCCGAUUCGGCACAUACGGAGUCGCACAGAGGUAUGCUGUGCACGCGGGCAGGCUGCCCGCGGCUGGCUAUCGACAAAUCAAUAAUCGGGUGUCUUGGUUAAUGUUGUUUGUUCAUGUCAUGUACCUACCUACCUAGGUGGCUGGAUCCCUACUUCGACAGCCCAGCUCUCCGGAACGCCUGUUGUGCGGUUGCGGGUGACUUUGCAUCGUCGCUGGUCAAGGUGCCCCGGGAAGUGGUCGUGCAAAGGCUACAAACAGGUACACACACACACAGACACACAGAGAGACAGACAGACAGACACCAAUCAAUACAUUGACUUGACACCAAUGGUCCACUGAUGAUAUGACUUGGAGGACAGGGCCUGCAGAUGUGUGUCCAUACUUACAUGGAUGCACUGGCUUGUUUGCUUCGCUGCUCUGCUCUGCUCUGCUCUGUUGUGUCCCUCCCCUCCCCUCCCCUCCCCUCCCCUGCCCUCCCACCCCCAACCAACAGGCAUGUACCGCAGUACGCUCCACGCCGUUGGUCAGAUCCUGCGCACGGAGGGGCCGCUAGGACUCUUCACGGGAUACACAUCAACGGCUGCACGAGACGUGCCCUUCAUGGUCAGCACCGCCACACAUGUUUGUGAUUUAGAUGCUUCCAUGGUAUGCAUUUCUGUGUGUGUGUGUGCGGAUGGAUGGAUGGCAUGGUUGGUGCAGGUGGUGCUGUUUGUGUCGUAUGAGCAGUUCAAGUCAUGGAAGAUCAGACUAUCGACGCACGAGCAGCGGAUCGAGACGCUCCAGUCCGCACACCACCACCACCAUGGAGAAACACUCUCAGAGUGAGUGAGUGAGCAGUCAGCCACGCACGCCACCGACCAACAGACAGGAAGAAGCAAGACAAGUAAAUUGUCUGUGUGCGUAUGUGUGUGUGUGAUAGUGCCGAGACGAUUCUGUGGGGCGGCAUCAGUGGUGCGUUGGCUGGCUGGACCACCACACCCCUCGACGUCAUCAAAACCAGAAUCAUGACGGCAGGUACCUACGGACGGACAUACAAAGGGAGGGAUGUGAGGUGCCGUCGGGGAAUGAUUGGCCACCAGGCACCCACACGUUCCGUUCCGUCCCCUGUCUGUCUGACUGCCUGUCUGUGUGUCUGUGUGUGUGUCCAGAUAAGGUGAGUGAUCGUUCAGCGGCCAAGGUAGUGUCAUCGUUGGCUGCCGGGGGGCCCAGGGGAUUCUUCGUCGGCGCUGGACCUAGAGCUGCCUGGUAUGCAUGGAUGGGAUGUGAUGAGAUGGGGGUUGCGGCCAUACUUACCUACCAUACAUACCACAGCACAGCACAACAGAGCACACGUAAUCCAGUCAGUCAGUGUGGUCAGUCAUGUCACUCUUGUGUGUCCAUGUGAUGUGUGUGAUGCAUGUAGGUGGUUUUGCGUGUGCUCCAUCUUCUUCGCGUCCUACGAGCGCCUCAGGGAACUCCUCGACUGACUCACUGACUCACUGAUCCUUCCCUUCCUUCCUCCUCAUGGAUGAAUGCCUUGAGUCUUGAGAGGGACCUAGCCCGUCAUUUGUCGGUGCGUGCGACAGACAGUUGCCCUGUCUUGCCUUGCGUGUAUCUAUGUACAGUUUUGGAUGGAUGGAUAUGGAUAAACAGACAUAGACAGACAGACAGACGAGGAUUUAUUUGCAUUCCGUGUGGGUGCUGUGCUGGAUGAUGA